UAUACAAGCGAAUACUACAGCUCGAGCGUAUUGGCGGCAGCAAUAGAAGGAUAUCAAACCCUCACGACGCCGACGCCACCGAAUAACAAGCAUCGAAAUCAAAAAAUGUCUCACUCCCCACCAUCACCACCAGAGCCCUUCAAUCUACCACGAACGACAAUGCCGUCAAACGAAGGCUCCAGAAGUGAGGAGUUCGCCGACCCGGCAGCUACUGCGAAUGAGAACGAGACCGAGGCUGAGGCUGAAGCGCCGUUGACAAUGGCUGCGUCGGUUGUGUUGACAAAUCUCCCUCGCGAUGCUUCGAAAGCGUUGGAUGAGGCGGGGAGGCUGGGUGUGGAGAAAGUGACAAUCCGCCUCCAACCCAUCGGCUCCGCGCCGCCCCUGAAACAGCGCGUCUUCAAACUAUCCGCAUCCUCUCGCUUCGAGGUCAUUGUUCGCCAACUCCGCAAGAAACUAGGCGUCAAGCCGCACGAAAGCGUUCAUUGCUACAUCGGCAACGUGUUUAGUCCUGGGUUGGAUGAGGGGGUUGAGAAUCUAUGGAGGUGUUUCAAACAAGGCGAUGAGUUGGUCGUCGGGUAUGCUUUAUCACCCAGCUUUGGAUGAAAAACAUUACUCUUGGGUUUCCUUGCCUGAGAACCUUCCCCUCCUUUUUGAAAAGUCGGGAAUUCACCUCUAACUGCGGUCAAAUUUCAUGGCAUCGUCCAUUAUUCCCAUCCCAUUCUUUCAAAACCGGCAAGAGGAACAGGGUGCGUAAGCAAUAUAGUGCAUCCGUUUGCAUGCUCGCCUAGGAUCGAGAAUUCGCUUCCCGUGAGCAGCAACGAUCCACGA